ACGAGAACCACACGUUUGCUUGUUUAACCGGUUCUCACCUUUCUUUACAAUCUACUAUUGUAUUAUAUAUACACACUAUAUAUAUACAUCAUAUAACAAAAACGUUGUCGCGUUUUAAAUCGCGAGCACUACGGACCGAUCGCAGCCAAACUGGCUGAGCGUAUCGGCUCCGCGUUAUUUAUACCGCGAUUUACUUAACAGUAUAUCAUUAAUUAGUAUUUUUAAUUAUUAUUUAUUUGUUUAUUUAUAGUAACGGUAACGGUGACGUGAUUGGAGUGAAAAUUAUUUAAAUAUAAUUUAGUACGAAAACUCAAAGGUGUUUUUUUUUUUAACGAGUGUUUAUUAAUUAUUUGACAAUAAUUAACGUAAAAAGCGAGUUCGUCGGGGUCUGUGUGAAACAAGAGCGCACAGAUACUGUCGAGAUGCUGACGGACAUGACACCAGCUGCGGCUGGUCAGCUUUAUCCGCAGCUUCAGUCCAUCACUAAAUCGCCCGCUCAUCAUAUGGAACAUCCCGGGCUUCGUGGCACCCCACUGGCGAUGCUCGCUGCACAAUGUAACAAAUUGAGCAACAAGAGCCCUCCGCCUUUGGCGGAUGCCGCAGUGGGGAAAGGUUUUCAUCCAUGGAAAAAGAGCCCGCAGAGCAGCGGGAGUUCACCGCAACACCCUGGAGGCGGCGGUUGUACCACAACAGGAGUCACCCAAAGGCCAACAGCGACUAGCAGCGCAGGGAGCACCGGCGGCGGAGGUGGCGGCGGCGGGUAUGCGAGAGCACCAGUCACAUCUUGUGCAUCCACGGCACCCCAGUAUGGUAGCGACUUGUACUUUCCGGGCACGGCGUCAGCACAACCAGCCAGUGACCCGCACCACCACCAGAGCAGUCUCCUCGGCAAAGUCGAGGGGGCAACGCUUGGUUCAGUAUACGGAAGACAUCCGUAUGAAUCAUGGCCAUUCAAUACAAUGCCUGGUGCAACUCAUGGUGGUAUAAAAGCCAGUGAUGGCUGGUGGGACGUACACGGUGCCGCAACAGGAGGUUGGCUCGACGUAAGCGGUACCGUUGGCGUUCACGCUCAAAUGGCAAAUUAUUCAGCAGACUACUCAACCAGUCUUGCUUUGGCUGGCAAUCAUUUACUGACAUCUGCCACCACAGCCAGUCACAAUCUACUACAAGAUACGUACAAGUCAAUGCUACCUGGUGGUCCACCUGGUUUUGGGCUGCACGCACAUCACGCAGCGACAACCGGCGCCGGGGGCGCCGGCAGUCCUCAAGGUGGCGCUGGUGCAGUAACACAAGCACCUUCGCCACGCUCGCAAAGACGAUACACCGGCAGAGCAACCUGUGACUGCCCGAAUUGCCAGGAAGCUGAGAGACUCGGUCCCGCCGGUGUCCACCUAAGGAAGAAGAACAUCCACAGCUGUCAUAUACCUGGUUGCGGCAAGGUCUACGGGAAGACAUCACAUCUGAAGGCCCACUUACGGUGGCACACUGCGGCACCUUCGAACCCACACCGGAGAAAAGAGAUUCGCCUGUCCGGUCUGCAACAAGCGGUUCAUGCGCAGCGACCAUCUCGCGAAGCACGUCAAGACCCACAGCAGCAGCAGCAGCAGCAGCGGCAGCAAGGGCAAGGGGGGAGCGGGGAGCUCCUCAGCCGAGUCCUGCUCAGACAGCGAGGACAACGGGAGCCAGCAGAGUCCCACUUCCAACAGCAGCACCACCUCGGUGGUGGUACCGGGAGUGGGCCAGGUAGUUCAAUCACAGGGGGGUCCACAACAACAACCGCCGGGCUCUCAGCAGCAGCAACAGCAGCAGGGCCUGGCGGUGGUGGGACCCCAGGUGGGUCAGGACGCCAACGUCACCUCCCAGACCACCACCGGUCACCAACAACCAACAGCUCCCAUGACCCCAAUGCAGAUGACACCUCCACCCUUGACCCCACACCAUCCCCACCACCCGCAUCUCCCGCCACUAAUGCAUCAUCCUCAUCAUCACGCAACCUCUGUAACAGCGGCAGUGCAUCAUCAUCCGCACGCGGGGAUGAGCAUGCACUGAGCCCGGUGGGGCCCGGAGCCGGUGGCUGCAAUAACGGUACCACAACGGCCCUGGGCUCCCCAUUAUCCUACCCACUCAACCUAAACCUCAUGCACCAGCAACAUCACACUGUCAAUGUCCUCACACAUCACCAAAUCAAUCAACACCACUUACAACAGCAACAACAACAGCAGCAACAACAACAACAACAACAACAAGCUCAACAACGCCACAAUCACUACCAACAACAACAACAACAACAACAGCAACAGCAACAGCAACAACAACGUCAAAACAACUCUUACACUCUUACACAGAAUCCUGGCACUCCUCAGACCCCCUCCCCUGCAUCUCCAGCACCUGUACAUAAUAUCUAAGUAUCCUACAUACACUAUUCUAAUAUGAUAAAAUAAUAGUAAUAAUAAUAAUAAUAUAUAUAUUGCACUUUAAUCACAAAAUACUUAUCGCCAUUGCUGGCACGUCCCUAUGCACACGUCAUUGUUUAUUAAUUAAUUGUUCUAAUUGUAAAUAUUAUACAUAGCGCGUGAAAUAAAAUAAUAUUAUAUUUAUAGUGAUAUAAUAUUGUAUAAAGACACACACGAUAUUUAGAAAACUUGAAAAGUUAUAAAUUUAAAUAUUACAUAUUAUUAUAUAUUUAAAAUCUAAAGUAAAUGCAAAAGUACAUAUAUAUAGUUGUACAAUAAUUGUCAUUGUCGAUAUGAUAUACGUGUUCGGUCGAUUCGACGCGAAUGUAUAAUUAAUCAAAUACACAUAUAUUUAUAUAAAUCAUAACACUAUAUAAAUAUAUAUGUAUAUAAUAUAAAUAUAAAUAUAUAAAUACAUAUAAAAGUAUAUAACGCGUCGAGGGUCGAUCUUCGAUGGGCUCUCGACCGGGUGGACGGUUUUUAAAAUAAUUUUUGUUAGACGAAUUUUAAUUUCGUAUUAGACUCCCCGUUGUUGUCAUAUUUCAGAUGAACGUGGAAUUUGUACUCGGAUGGAGCUUCAUAUCACGCCCACCCGUAUAUAAAUCUAAAAAGUA